AUGAGUCGUUACCGGGAGUGGUACCCCAAUCUGUCUGUGAUAACGCGGGUUUGCUCCAGUUCCUCAGAUUCGAGUGGUUCUACUGUAGUGAGAGAGGUGUGGCGUGCUGACGGCUCUUUCACAGGUCAAGAUGGCCGCUUGGUGGGUGUUCGUCAAAGUUGGGGGUCCGUUAAAGCUAAUCUACACAAUGAUCCAGCUCACUUGCUGCAUUGUUCUGGAGCCCGAGGGCGGUGUGGGUCAGGACACCGCGGCAGGAUGCAGAACAACAGUAUGGAUGUCUCUUUGAUGAACGGUCAGUUUGGGACAGCCAAACAAAGAUUUAUUCCAUAUGGACGUCCCAGUUGGAGAGGAGAAGGGCAGGUGGAGAUGAUUGGAGAGGGAAGCACACAACGAUUCAGAGCAGAAGAUGAAAAGAAAGGAAGAAAACAAUGGUUCAAAAUGACAAUCCCACAUGGAAAAAAGUAUGAUAAGAGAUGGCUGCUAACGUCUCUACAGAACCUCUGUCCCAUUGCAUUUACUCCACUACACUACACCACAGAAGGAGAUAAAGUUCAUUUCUAUCUGGAGGACACUGCCACUGCCAGUGCUCUGAGCAAACUCUCACGCAGAAUCCUGGAUAGCGAUGGGCAACGAGUGGUUGUGCUUAUGAACAGUUGUUAUUUUCCCCCUUUCCUCAAAAGUGAGCUGAGACUAGAAGAUCUGGAGCUUUUAAAGCUUUGCCUGUCCAAGCGCUUCGAUGAUUCCCAGAAGUCUCUUGACCUGACCAGCAUUCGCACCGAUCCAGAAUUGGUUUGUCACAAUGUUGACAUAAUCUUAAAUCGAAAAAACUGCAUGCAAGCUGUGAUCAAAAUCAUACAGGAGAAUAUCCCGGAGUUGUUGUCCUUGAACCUGAGCAAAAACAAACUGUACAAGUUAGAUGGCCUUACCGAAUUGGUGGACAAAGCCCCAAAUCUGCAGUCGCUGAACCUGUCUAAUAAUGAGCUCAAGUCAGAUUGUGAGCUGGAAAAGGUGAGGGGCUUCAGGCUAGUGGAGCUGUGUUUGGAUGGGAACCCUCUGUGUGACCACUUCAAAGAUCAAACCAGAUACAUCAGUGCUGUUCAGAAGCGUUUUCCCAGGCUUCUCAGACUGGACGGCCAUGUUCUUUCACUUCCAAUCUGUUUUGACGUAGAAACAAGCUCAAACAUCCCUCUUUGCAAGGGCAGCCACUUUGUCUCCAAUGAAAUCCAGGAUCUCAUUCAGCGUUUUCUGGCGCAGUAUUACGGUGUCUAUGACUCUGGGGACAGACAGCCACUGCUGGAGGCAUAUCAUAAGAGUGCUUGCUUUUCUCUCUGUCUGCCGUCCAUAAGUAAUCCCUCCAGGUACAAACUGGAAUAUUUCAAAAACAGUCGCAAUGUCAAGAACAUCAAAGAUUCCUCCACUCGUUUUCGCUUGCUAAAACACACCCGUCUGACUGUGGUCGCGUUCCUUAAUGAACUCCCGAAGACCCUGCACGACAUUAAUUCAAUCAAUGUCGAUGUCAACGCAUACGCCAGCACUUUGUUAGUGUUCACAGUGAGUGGAGUUUUCAAGGACGUUGAUGACCAAUCAGAGGACUCAUUCAAAGCAUUUUCCAGAGUCUUCGUCACAGUUCCAGCUCAGAAUUCUGGUUUGUGUAUCGUAAACGAUGAGCUCUUUGUGAGGAAUACCACCAUCGAGGAGAUCCAGCGUGCAUAUACUGCACCGGCCCCAAGCCUGUCAAGCAGCCCAGUGCCCAUCCUCUCUGCACACCAGCAGGAAAUGCUCUCCUCCUUCUCCCAGAUGUCUGAAAUGAACCUGGAAUGGUCUCAAAAGUGUCUGGAGGAUAAUACAUGGGAUUUUCAGCAAGCUGCUCAGAUAUUCGCAGAACUGAAGGCUCACGGAAUGAUCCCUGAAGCUGCUUUCAUAAAAUGA